AUAUUUUGUGUAUAUUCGAAGCAGAUCUCAAAACUUAAUAUGCUGGUGGUGGUCUAGUAUUAGCUUACUUAGUGGGAUCAUUGCAUUUUUUAUCAUAUCAUUUUGCAUUCUUUUUCAUCUUUCCAUUAAUAUCGAAUUUCACAGAAUGGAUUGCAGGAUAAGAAUUAAUCAGUUUCCAUUUGCUAAUUAUGCAGAACGACGAAGGAGCACUUGUUGAGCUAUACAUACCGAGGAAAUGUUCUUCAUCGUCGCGUAUCAUUGCAGCAACUGAUCAUGCAGCUGUGCAAAUCGACUUGGUUGAUGUAGAUCCUAAAACUGGACGCAUGGUACCUGGAAAAGUUAUAAGAUACGCAAUUUGUGGCGAAAUUCGGUGUAUGGGUGAAUCGGAUGACUGCAUUUUGCGUCUUGCGAAACGCGAUGGUUUGAUACCAAGUAGUUUUUAAAUUUUGAAGGAUCAUUUGAUUAUGAUGUUCGUUCUUUUCCUCAUUGUUAUGUUUUCUGUGCUAUUAUAGCUAUAAUAAAGUAAUUUUUU